GGCGGGGCUCUAGGUGUCCUGCCUGGGAGGGUCCCUGCUGCAUUGCAGCCUCCGCGCCGCUCCGUCUCUGGCGCACACAAUGGCGACUCCCAGCCCCAGCAGCGGCUCCGGCUCGGGCGGCGGGAGCGGGCCGGGCCCGGGCGGGCCGCCGGCGCACGCGGCCGUCAGCAGCAUGCAGGGCUUUCAGAUAAACUUCUGUGAAAAGGCACAAAGUAAACGCAAAGCGCUGAAGUUAAAUUUUGCAAAUCCACCUUUCAAGUCCACGGCAAGGUUUACUCUGAACACCUCAGGAGUUCCUUUCCAAAAUCCACACAUUGAUACACAAGCAACACUGGGUAGUAAUCACAUUGUCCCGUUCAGUUUCAAAAGGAGAGAAGCGGACCUCAUCCAGAAACUUUCCAGCAGGCUACAAGAGAGACUGAGAACACACAGCAUUGAAUCAUCAGGAAAAUUGAAGAUUUCCCCUGAACAGCAUUGGGAUUUUACAGCAGAGGACUUGAAAGACCUUGGAGAAAUUGGACGAGGCGCUUAUGGUUCUGUCAACAAAAUGGUCCACAAACCAAGUGGGCAAAUUAUGGCAGUUAAAAGAAUUCGAUCGACAGUGGAUGAAAAAGAACAGAAGCAGCUUCUGAUGGACCUUGAUGUAGUAAUGCGAAGCAGUGACUGCCCAUAUAUUGUUCAGUUUUAUGGUGCACUCUUCAGAGAGGGUGACUGUUGGAUCUGUAUGGAGCUCAUGUCUACCUCGUUUGAUAAGUUUUACAAAUAUGUAUAUAGUGUAUUAGAUGAUGUUAUUCCAGAAGAAAUCCUAGGCAAAAUCACUUUAGCUACUGUGAAAGCACUAAACCACUUAAAAGAAAACUUGAAAAUCAUUCACAGAGAUAUCAAACCUUCCAAUAUUCUUCUGGACAGAAAUGGAAAUAUUAAACUCUGUGACUUUGGCAUUAGUGGACAGCUUGUGGACUCCAUUGCCAAAACACGAGAUGCAGGGUGCCGGCCGUACAUGGCGCCGGAAAGGAUAGAUCCCAGCGCAUCCAGGCAAGGCUAUGACGUCCGCUCAGACGUCUGGAGCUUGGGGAUUACACUGUAUGAGCUGGCCACAGGGCGAUUCCCCUACCCCAAAUGGAACAGUGUGUUUGACCAGUUGACACAAGUAGUAAAAGGAGACCCACCACAGCUGAGUAACUCAGAGGAAAGGGAAUUCUCCCCAAGUUUCAUCAACUUUGUCAACUUGUGCCUUACAAAGGACGAGUCCAAAAGGCCAAAGUACAAAGAGCUUCUGAAACAUCCCUUCAUUCUGAUGUAUGAGGAACGCACAGUGGAUGUUGCAUGCUAUGUUUGUAAAAUCCUGGAUCAAAUGCCAGCAACUCCCAGCUCUCCAAUGUAUGUCGAUUGAUAUUGCUGCUACGUCAAACUCUAGAAAAAGGGCUGAGAGAAAACAAGCUGUAAAGAAUUUUCAUCACAUAUUGCAGUGUUUUUAAUGCUCGCCCAGACACCAUGUGCAAUAAUAUUGGUGUUAUUUCCAUCCUGUCUGUAUACUGUUGUCACAUAUAAAGUGCAUCCCUGUAAUACCUGAUCACACAGUGUUAGUGUUGGUCAAAGAGAGACCUCAUCUGCUCUUUUGUGGACAUAUUCAUGAAAUGUGGAAAUAAGUACAUUUAUUUGUUGACCGUGAUUGGAUAGCACCUAAAAUUCAUUUCUAGACUCAAACUUGGAGACUCCUCAGCAGCUACUGGAAAGAUUUUUCUCUCAAAUUCUUCCAAUUGUUGUUUCAAGUAAUAAUAAAAAGCAAACAAACGAAAGUUAGGCGUUGUCUGUCUGAACAUUAAGAGACUUUGCCUGGAGGGAGAAGAACUUGCUUAACCAACGAGAUGCUUUGCCUUCUGGAGCCAGAAAGGCAAAGGAGAAUUUUAUUCUUCACAAAGUGCAAUAGAUUUACCGCUAUGAAAUUCUGUUGCUUUACAGUCGCAGCGUACUUUCUGGGGACAGUGUGCUCAGCUGAACUUCCUGUUAAAGAGAGAUCAUGUUAAACAUAGUGAAUAUGUCUUUACCAAAAAUAUGUCGCGUUGAAAGAGGCUAACAUUAAACUAUUCAGAGAUGGGACAUCAUGUAUUCUUUCUCCUUUUACCAAGCCAGCCACUCUUCACUCUUAACUAGGCGUCCUGUAAAUUGUUACCUGGUAAGAUAAGACCUUUGAUCUGAAGAAUUAUUAAACUACUCGAUUGAAUUUAA